CGUUGGGAACGUUGUAUCGUGGUUCUAUCCGCUUUCCGAUUGUACGACAAAAUGCCUCCUAAAGCGAGUGGCAAAGCCGUAAAGAAGGCCGGUAAGGCUCAAAAGAAUAUUAGCAAGACUGACAAGAAGAAGAAGCGCAAGAGGAAGGAGAGCUACGCCAUUUACAUCUACAAAGUAUUGAAGCAAGUACAUCCGGACACCGGAAUCUCCAGCAAAGCUAUGAGCAUCAUGAACAGCUUUGUCAACGAUGUAUUCGAGAGAAUCGCCGCGGAAGCGUCGAGACUAGCGCAUUACAACAAGCGCUCGACGAUCACCUCUCGGGAGAUCCAGACGGCUGUGAGACUUCUGUUGCCCGGUGAAUUGGCGAAGCACGCAGUCAGCGAAGGCACGAAAGCAGUAACCAAGUACACUAGUUCCAAAUGAAGCAAUAUUUAAUAUAUU